AUGGACGGACAGCUGCAGGCCCUGGACGCACACUCGGUCGGCUUGCUCCGCUCGGGCGUCUACCUCCCCUCGUUCACCCAUGCGCUCCAAGCCCUGCUCGAGAUCGCCAUCAGUUCGGGCGCGAAUACCAUCUCGGGCUCGAUCGACCCCGCCGUCGGCGCCAUCUGCGUCGACGAUAAUGGCGUGGGCCUCGAUACUCGCUUGGUCAACUUGUUCGGCAGAUUCGAUUCCAAUGCGUUGGUCUCGUCUCGAAGCACGACGCAAUCGUCUGGAGCGCAGAUCCCGUCGUAUCUUUCGCUCCCUCAACAUCGGGUCCUGGACUCGCUGGCCCAUCUUUCGCUGCUCGACAUCUGCUCUCGACACGCUGAUGCAAGCUACACCCAUCAAACCCUGUUCAGAGAAGGCAAAGUCAUCUUCUCUGCCCCCGCCAAAACCUCUCGCCGUCACAAUCAUGGCACAACGACCACAGUCCGGGACCUCUUCCACAACCUUCCGGUCCGUCAGAUCCGCGAAAACGAUCCAGCGCGACACCAACAACGACUUAAACGACAAUGGGAGGAAGCGCGUCUUGCGCUCCAAUCCCUGGCCAUCGUCUACCCCCACAUCACCUUCAUCCUCCGAAACUCAUCCCAUCAAACUCUAGCAGCUCCCAACUCCACGGGCUCCUUCUAUCGGCUCUCGAAGACCGGGCUAUCUUCAAGCACAUUCGGCAAAAUCUUUGGCCAGCAGUUUGUUCUCGACUCCAUCCCCUUGGAUGUGUCGAUGGAUGGGCUACAAGUCACUGGUCUGUUUAGCAGGAAGCGACAUUCCAGUCGGGCGAUCCAGCUAAUUUAUUUGGACCGAGUGCUGAUCACUUCUGAUAGCUUGGUCCAUCGGGGUCUCGCCAGCCUCUUUGCUGGGCAACUGUCACAAGAUACCUCUCGAUCUUCGGCCGCACGCACAUCGCAGGGGACUAAAACCAAUUCAGCCCCCAAAAACGGGGCUUCUUCGGUCGACCGUCAUCCAGUCUACUUGCUCCUCUUCACCUCUCUUCCCAAUCCCACCCGACCCGAUCACGACUUUGUUGCUGAUUUUUUGGACGAGAAGGAGCAGUAUCUGGUUCCUCAGACUGAAGAGAAAAUGAACCGAAUCGCAUCUCGCAUCUUUUCCCAAGCGUUUCCGCCAGUUAAACACGCUCUGUCAGCCUCCAGUAUUGACCAAAAGCCCCAGCAAGAUAGUGCAGUGAAGCGGACUCUUCAGUCGCGAUGGCCUGUCACCAAGCGGCCUCGCCUAUCUCCGCCCAAUUCACCCACACGCCCGAGUGCUCCGCAAUCGAUUUCUCUCACCGAUCGGUUUUCCGCUCCCCCCAAAAAGCACAUUAAUCGUUCUCCCCACAAAACGGUUCAGCAUAAAGCUUGUGUCCCCAAAACAAACUUGCGCAUAGGCGGUGACAAGACCAACCCUAAAAACUCGGCGGGCUGCUCGGCUCAUGCCCAGAGUAUCAAGUCCUCUGCUACAUCCUCUGGGCAGCCGCCUAGCCUGCACAGCAUGAUACCUGACUUGAAGUCACGGUUUGCGUACAAGCCUUCAAGCGAUUCGACACAUGUGAACAGUACGGCAAUGGAUGGCGAGAUUGAAAGCCACAGUCCUCAGCCGAGUUUCCAUCCCGAAUGCGGCAAGAAACGAAGCCACUCGCACAAGUUCGACGGGGUCACGAUCGAAAACGCAGACGCAGAGUUCCGGAUAGAUCUCGCUCAACUCGCAGACGCCUCCAAGUUCGCGGUGAUCGGACAACUCGACAAGAAGUUCAUCAUUGCCAAAAUCGAUGGCCAUUGCCGUCCCGAUCAUGGCCCGGAAGACGGGCUGAUCGUGGCCUUUGAUCAGCACGCCGUCCAUGAGCGGAUCCGGAUCGAGCGCUUCCUCCAAGACGUCUGCAGCGGCACCUUCGCCGUCAAGGAGCUAAACCCCAAAAACAAGCACCCAGAAGACCAGACACAAGCCCCCGAAAGCGGGAUACAUCCGGGAAACUCCGUGCCCAUCCUGGUAAAUCGGAACGAAUUUGAUGGGCUGUUGAAGUUCAAGAAACUGUUUGGUCGGUGGGGGUUUAUAUACGAGCAAACAUUGACGGGAUCGGCGUCGGUCGAUGAAGCUCGAGGAGAAGAGGAAGAGGACGACGGGGGGCCCAAGCAAAUCUUUAUGCGGGCCGUCCCUGAGCUCAUCUGGCCGCGUGUCCAAUGCACGGAUGGCCAGUUCGAGUGCCUCAAAACGAUCUUGCGGGGCUGUUUGGGCUUCUUCGAGGAUCGCUUCCGCGACCACAACCUUCGCCUGAUCGAUCAUCAUGCCAUCCUCCCCGAUCCUCAUAGGGACUGGUUCGCCUCCGUCAAGGAUUGUCCCGCGGUCUUGGUCCAUUUGCUCAACUCUAAAGCCUGUCGAGGCUCGAUAAUGUUUGGAGAUAAACUGACGCCCAGUGAGAGCCGAAAGCUGUUGACGGAGCUCGGCCGAGCGCGGCUCCCCUUCUCGUGUGCCCACGGCCGGCCCACGUGUUAUCCGCUCUACAAGUUCGGGCAGCCCUCAGACGUCGCCUCGAGACGGGGCGACGCACCAGCCGCCCAUCGCCCGCAUCCGCCCUCCCAACAACUCCCCCUUUCCCAGCCUUCUCCUGCCCAUUCUCCUCCUCUUUCCCGCCGCCAUUCGCCUUUCACCCCUGCGGACUCGUUUCAGGGCCGAAAAAUCCAUUGGGAAUCGUUGCUGUCCGGUUGA